UUUCGUCGCUGGCCAAGAUUUGAAGCCAGCAAUCCGUUUACCCAAUUUGCCGGAAUCUCCGACCAUCACAAGUACCUGAAAUGGUGUUUAGAGGGCGUGGAUGUGGACAAGGUGGUUUCGGAGGCUAUCGCGGUAUUAAAGAAGAACCCUUUGUGGUGUUCCCUGAUAUUAACCUACCUGAUGCCACAGAUGUUUUGUCCACCUCCGAUCAGAAGAAAAACAAGGAAGAGAUGUUGUUUAUCAAAGAAAGUUUGGAGUGGCUGAAAAAAACAGGGUAUUAUCUUGAACAGACUGACAAAGACAAGCAGCGAAAGGGUAACAGAGAAAUCCAUUCUUUCUCGCAGUACUUAGUGCCGAGUAUGUUUCCUGGAGAACUGACUAGAGGUUCGAAUGUGAGGGGGUUAAGCAGGGACAAAGUUGAGUGGGACAGAAAGAAGAAGGAAGAGAUCGACUGGAAUCGGAUUGAGAAGAUGGAACAGGACAGUGAUGCCAAGCAAAAGAAAAAACGCGAAAAGGAUGAGGAAGAUGUGGAUAAGGAAGAUGAUGAUGAUGAUGAUGAUGAUGAUGAUGAUGAUGAUGAGGACGAUGAGGAUUAUGAAGACCCUGACUUGAAUGAUUAUAUUGUUGAUGUGAAGCCAGACGAUGACGAAGAUGUUUAUAAUGAUGAGGAGGAGGGUGGUGAUGAACCUGAGUUGUAGUGAGAUCGAUGGUGAUUGUUACCUCGGUCUCAUGCAAUCUAGCUUCCUGUGAAAAGGUAUGUUGCCAUUGAAGUGGUACUAGAGCUUUGAUAAUUGUUAAUUAGGUAAUAAGAGACUUUGAUUUGAGUAAAUUGCUGUUCUAUUUCCUUUCAUUGUCGAGGACCCUCU